UUCCGCUAUGCUUCACUGGUGUUUUCUCUUUUAGACAAAGGCUAACUAGCAAACAAGACAGAGUAUCAUUUCCUCAUUUUAAGCCCUUGCCACUCAAGGGGAGCCAGCAUAGCUUUCAAGCACCCAGUUGGAGAAGGCUCCCAGGUGAUCGGUGUGUGUCUGCCUCACUCCAGGGCCUCUUGGAUGGGAUCUGGCCUCCAAGGAACCAUGGACCUUUGGCUUUGGUUACUUUACUUCUUGCCAGUGUCUGGGACCUUGAAGGUCCUCCCAGAAGUACAGCUGGAUGUGGAGUGGGGCGGAUCCGUUAUCAUCGAGUGCCCACUCCCUCAAAUACACGUGAGGAUGUAUCUGUGCCGGCAGAUGUCCGAGCCUGGGAUAUGCACCACUGUGGUGUCCAACACCUUUGUCAGGAAGGAAUAUAAACAGAGAGUCACCCUGAAGCCAUGUUUGGAUAAGAAGCUGUUCCUAGUGGAGAUGACACACCUGACAGAAAAUGACAAUGGAGUCUAUGCCUGUGGUUUGGGCAUAAACACAGGCCGAGGCAAGACCCAGAAAGUCACCUUGAAUGUCCAUAACGACUACCCAGAACCAUUCUGGGAAGUUGAAGAGACACCUGAGCCGCCAAGAUGGUUGCAGAGAUUUCAUCAGCAGAUCCCCUGGCUCCAUAUGGGGGAACAUGCCAGCUCUUCUGGAGUCCUAUUCAAAGUUACCACACCAACUCCAAAGACUGAGGCCCCUCCGGUUCACCAGUCCUCCAGCGCCACUUCAGUAACCCGCCAUCCCAGAGUUCAGGGAACAUCUUCUGUAUCAGCUACCAAGUCCCCAGCGCUCCUGCCAGCUACCACAGCCUCAAAGACUUCAACUCAGCAAGCAAUCAAGCCCCUAGAGGCCAGCUACAGUCACCACACCAGACAUCAUGGGCAAAGGACACUCCACCACGGCCCACAGUAUGGGAGAGAAGACCGAAGGCUUCACAUUCCCAUCCCAGAAUUUCACAUCCUGAUUCCGACCUUCCUGGGCUUUCUCUUGCUGGUUCUUUUAGGACUGGUGGUAAAAAGAGCCAUUCAAAGGAGGAGAGCCUUCUCCAGACGCGCGGGCCGAAUGGCGACGAGGAGGCGAGGCAGGGGGGCUUCCCGCCCGUUCCCCGCACAGCGCCGGGCUGCCCCACAGAGGCCGCGCUCGCAGAACAACGUCUACAGCGCCUGCCCUCGGCGCGCACGGGAACCCGACAGCGUGGGUCCAGCGGAGGCUCGGCUCCUCAAUGCCCCAACCUCCGCGUUCCCCGCCCCGCCGCAGGCACUUGAAGCUCCUUGGUCCCACACCCGGUCUCUGAAGAUGAGCUGUGACUACGUGACCUUGGGCCACCAGCCCGCUGUCAACGUGGGAGACCCUGAUUCAGAUGACUACAUCAAUAUUCCUGGCCCAUCUCAUCUUCCUAGCUAUGCCCCAGGCCCCGGAUCUUCAUGCCAAUGAGCCCUGCCUGUUGGCUGACAUCUAGCACAAUUUCCUUAUAGGAUGCUUGUCGCCUCGUACGUCAUAUACCGUAAUUCAACUCUUACCUGACUAUCUGAACGCCUUGGGAAUGGUCAAUUACAGGCUAAUGUUUCACCCCA